GGUACAACAGUGAACAACAGAACAAUGGCCUUCUUUUUGUCACGGACGAUCCUCUUCGGGACAUUGCUAUUCCCCGGGCAUAAGGCUACAGUGCAAGGAAGAUGAGCGAACAGAAAGGAACCGCUGGAGUUUCCCAUCAGCUAAAGGCCAGAAGAAAGAGGGCACGGAGGGAAUGGAAGCCCCUGGAAGACCGAAGUUGUACGGAUGUCGCUUGGCUCCUCAUCUUCGUAGCCUUCUGUGUCGGCAUGGGCUCCAUCUGUGGCUACGCUAUCAUCACCGGAGCCGCUGGCAGACUUGUAUCUGGCUACGACAGCUAUGGGAACACGUGUGGACAGCCCAACGCGCAGAUUGAGGGAAUCAAGCUCAGUGGCCUCGACCAGACCGACAAAAAGUUUGUGUUCUUCCUGGACCCCUGCAACAUUGAUAUUGUGCAGAGGAAGAUCAAGUCCAUGGCUUUGUGUGUGUCCCAGUGCCCUGAGAAAGAGCUGAAGACAUAUGGAGAGAUCAAAAGUUUCGCCAUAAAUAAUGGAUCCGAACUUUGCUCCUAUGAUCUCCCUCCGCCACGGUACCCCGGCCAUUCGGAGAGGUCUACGAAAUGCCCUAAGUUGCCGGUGUUACCAAGCAAGCCCCUACCGCUGUUUAACCGCUGCACCCCGUUGAACAUCUCCUGCUACACGCGCUUCGCUGAGGCUGUCGUCACCUUCGUCAGCGACAACAGCAUGCUGCACAGCCUGGUGGCCGGCGUGGUGGCCAGCAAGGAGGUCAUCCUGGGCCUGUGUGUGCUGGCACUAGUGCUCUCCAUGGUCCUGAUGGUCAUCAUCCGCUACAUCUCCGCCGUGCUCGUCUGGAUCCUCACUGCCCUCGUGGUCCUCGGCUCCCUGGGUGGCACUAGCGUCCUCUGGUGGCUGUACAUUGACAACCGGAGGACAGCGAAUGUGACCAUAGCCGCCACGGCCGCUGCCAGCAACAAGGAGGAGCCAAGGGACAACGUCCAGGCUCUGCUGGUCUACGCCGUCGCUGCCACGGUGUUCACAGUGGUCCUGCUACUGCUGAUGCUUUUCAUGAGGAAGCGCGUAGCCCUCACCAUCGCCCUGUUCCACGUGGCCGGGAAGGUGUUCAUCCACCUGCCCUUGCUGGUCUUCCAGCCCUUCUGGACGUUUCUGGCCCUUCUGCUCUUCUGGAUGUACUGGGUCAUGGUGCUCCUCUUCCUUGGCACUGCUGGGAACCCAAUACAGAACACGACGACGGGCCUGGUUGAGUUUUGGCUGACCGGGCCACUGCAGUACAUGGCCUGGUACCAUGCUGUGGGCCUCAUCUGGAUCAGCGAGUUCAUCCUUGCCUGCCAGCAGAUGACCGUGGCCGGGGCAGUGGUCACAUACUACUUUACAAGGGAUAAAACCAAGCUGCCGGUCACGCCCAUCCUGUCCUCCAUCUUCCGGCUGAUCCGUUACCACCUGGGGACGGUGGCGAAGGGGUCCUUCAUCAUCACACUGGUCAAGAUCCCCCGCCUCAUCCUCAUGUACAUCCACAACCAGCUGAAGGGGAAGGAGAACGCGUGUGCACGGUGCAUGCUGAAAACCUGCAUCUGCUGCCUGUGGUGCUUGGAGAAGUGCCUAAACUACCUGAAUCAGAACGCAUAUGCCGCCACAGCCAUCAACAGCACGAGCUUCUGCACUUCGGCCCGGGACGCCUUCGUGAUCCUGGUGGAGAACGCGCUGAGGGUCGCCGCCAUCAACACCGUGGGUGAUUUCGUUCUGUUCCUUGGGAAGGUGCUGAUUGUGUCCUGCACGGCCUUCGCUGGCGUGCUCGCCCUCAACUACCAGCGGGACUACACAGUCUGGCUGCUUCCGCUCCUCAUCGUCUGCCUCUUCGCCUUCCUGGUGGCCCACUGCUUCCUCUCCAUCUUCGAGAUCGUGGUGGACGUCCUGUUCCUCUGCUUCGCCAUCGACACCAAGCACAACGACGGCAGCCCCGGGCGGGAGUUCUACAUGGACAAAGCCCUCAUGGAGUUUGUGGAGAGCAGCAGAAAGGCACUGCCGCAGGAACGGAGCCGCGGCCGGCUGGAAGAGGGUAAGAGCGAAGGAGGUGACGGCGGGGAGGCGAGGCCCAUGGCUUCAGGCGCCUCCGCUUGACCAAAAUCACCUAAUUGGACGUUUUUUUUAAGACAUUCCAAAUGUUUAUUUUUACCAAUGUGUAACAUGUUUACUAUGGUAUCACUCCAGGGAAUACGAUAUUUUAAUAAGAUACUGUAUAACUACAUAAUGAAGCACUUUAUAUUGAAACUCUGCGGAUUUUAACGGCUGAUGCAUUUUCGUAGUGAUGUCCUUUUUUAUACGACUAAAGAGAGUCAUCUCACCAGACACUGUACUAAACCGUCUAGAAUCCAUGUUUGACUCACUUCGUCUUCGUUUCGUUCCCCAGGUAUUUAUUUUUUAAGUGCAGUAGAACUGCAAUGAAUUACAUAUUUGUAAAGUAUCACCUGAAAUAAUUUCACCCAUUGUUGAAACCAUUCAUUAUGCUUUGUUUAAUGUAACAUAUGAAUUUCAAGUCCGCGGGAGUGUUUUGCGAGUACUUGUCCCCACCCCCCCCCCCCCCCCCCCCCCCCCACUCAACAUGAAGGAGAUUUCAGUGUCAUCUUACACUUGUAGCGAGCUUGAUUUUUUUAAAUGUAUUUAUUUAUUUAUUUUUUGUGCUGUCAUGCAUCACGGAAAGCGGCGGGCGGGGUCCACUCCGGUGGACAGUCUCAGCAGCGAAUGGAGCGGAGCAGUCAGUGACAGAAUUCAGUGUUGUUUUCCUGGGGGGGGGGAGCUGCGAUGUCAUCUUUAGAGCAGUUCCCUUCUAGAGACAAGCUGAACUGCCCCCUGCCCCCGCGCAUGCCUCAGCUGGGCAGGCAAACAAUCCUACGCAGUGAAUGAUGUCCGGCCUGCCCCAUUGUACGGCGCCAAGAGAGCCAUAGCCGUGUCAUGUGACAUAAGUGGGCGGUGCCUGUCGGUGUGCCAGAGCUGGAGACCCCUGCUGGUACGUGAAAGCGUGUCAAGACGGCAGCAGUGGCCUGCUCAUGUUGCAUUCUUGCCGGGUUGCCAUAUUGAGUGCAGGGUGCUCGACCCGUCCAUCCGAAUGAUAGUGUUCAGGUUCUGUGUACUGGCUGGUGACCAUAUGCCCCACUCUUUAAUGGUGAAUGGCUGAAUUUGGGUGUGCGGAUGCAGUCAAUGCCACUCAAUAGUUUGCCUUAAAAAUAAGGAUUUAUGACCCUGGCUCUUUGUCAGUGUUUCCCCAAUCUGGUCCUUGGGGACCCACAGACAGUUCACAUUUUUGCUCCCAGUAGGAGCAGGGAGGGAGCAAAAACGUGGACGGACUGCGGGUCCCCGCAGACCGGAUUGGGUAACACUGUUCUAAUCGACUAGCUAGAGCAAGUGGAACAUGUGGACCGAUGUGUUCCGUGUGAUCUGUAGACCUGCUUAUGGAAUAUUGAAUUCCCUAUAAUGGGUGCUUACAGGGCGGGAAAAAAAAAGCUUGUAUAUUAUUUAUGCAAAUUAUUUUGCAUAUUUAUGCAUAUUGUUGAAUUCAUGUGAAUGAAUGUGAGACUAAGCCAGUAAGUGAAUAUGUGGAUUAUCAAUACACUUAAUGUUUUUAUGAUCCGAGUGAAUGUGUGCAGUCAGUGUUUUACUCCGUAGAACAGAACAAAUAAAAAAAAACUUAGGUUAACUUAAAUAUUAAGGAGUUAAACAUUAAAUGGAAUUUCUUUUCCCUCUGUUAUGUUGUACAAAACUCUUGUGUGCAAAGCAUGUUGAAAAAAAAAUGCAUCAUUAGAAAAAACAUUUAAAGGUCAGUAUCUACAGUAUUUACAAAAUAUAGUUUAAAAAACAUUGAAAAGAGCUAGGUCAGAAGAGUCUCAUUGUCACAGUUAGGCGAAAUUGGAGCAGCCCUUUGGUGUUUUUGCAGACAAAUGUUUUAUAUGAGGCUGAAGUUAGAAUUUACACAGAUAUAAUCGGUGGGGGUGGGGUGGAGGAGACAUCCUUCUGAAGACUACGAUCCACACUGCGAGGGUCACGGGGGUCGCGGAGAGCGCUGACCCCGGAGAGGGAGGGAUGUCCAUGUGCCGCUGUUGUCUAUGUGCCAAAACGAGCUGUCCAGCCCAGUGAACAGCGCUGAGCUUGUAGGAGUAAGUAAUGGUGCCAUUUUAUUCAUUUAUUGGUCCCCGCCCCCCCCAAUGACUGAAGCUACGUCCAGUGAUGAGCAAAUGGUUGGAGCUGAAAUCACAUCA